AUGUGGAUUUUGCAAAGAACCUUGGUGAACCCUUUGCUUGUUUUGUUGGAUGCUGACAUGUCUUUCUUGCUGAACCUUCUACACCUACUCCUUUCGCGAGGAGGAGCUAAAGCUGCCUUCAGCAACAGUCAUGUACCAGCGGCAUUAAGUGUGGUAUCAACCAUCAAGACCCAAGAGUCGAUGAAUGAUCACAUAGAUGCCUUAUGUAAGCAGAGAUUUUACAGGGAAGCAAUGGAAGCGUUUGAUUUCUCACAGAAUAACUCAAGCUUCAAGAUAACUUUGAAGACCUAUGUUUCUUUAAUCUGUGCUUGCUCUUCUUCGAGAUCUCUGGCACAGGGCAGGAAGAUACAUGAUCACAUUCUGAAAUCCAACUGCAAGCAUGAUACGAUUCUUAACAAUCACAUUCUAUCUAUGUAUGGGAAAUGUGGCUCGCUGAGGGAUGCUAGACAAGUUUUUGAUUCUAUGCCUCAGAGGAAUUUGGUCUCUUACACAUCUGUGAUCACUGGCUAUUCACAGAACGGCCAGGAAGCAGAGGCGAUCAGCUUGUACUUGAAAAUGCUUCAGGAAGGUUUAGUUCCUGACCAGUAUUCAUUUGGAAGCAUCAUCAAAGCAUGUGCUAGUUCUGGUGAUGUUGGGUUAGGGAAGCAACUUCAUGCUCAAGUCAUUAAGCUGGAACCUACAAACCCAAUGGCUCUGUGUCAAGGCAUGCAAAUUCACUCUUUCAUCAUCAAGUACGGCCUGCUGACGGAUCUUUCGGUUUGCAACUCUCUGCUUACCAUGUACAACUGCUGCUCGGACUUGUAUUGUUGUUUCAGGAUGUUCGAAGACUUCAGAAACAAAGCGGAUUCUGUUUCUUGGAACGCUGUUCUGACGGCAUGUAUGCAACACGAACAGCCAUCAGAGGUGCUGAGAUUGUUUAAGCUGAUGCUUUUAUCUGAAUGUGAACCAGAUCACAUAACCAUGGGUAGUCUGUUGCGUGCUUGUGUAGAAAUUUCAUCUCUGAGACUGGGAAGCCAA